CAGACUAAGCGCAGACGCGAUACGCCCCAUGCGAGGCCUAGGACAGGAUGGCCCGAAUUGCGCGCCGUUGCUUGAGGGUUAAGGACCUGCCCCUCUUCAGCCUGCAGCAUUCCUUCCGCGAGCUGGCAGAGUACUCGGGGGAGCUGGCGCUGAAUCUCUUCGAGCCGCGCUAUGUGGAGCUUGCGAGACGCAUUGCGCCUCCGGGGCCUUCGCAGUUUGGCUACGCGCAGGUGUUGCAGCACAAAGCCGGUGGCCGAGGCAUGUUGGUGGGUGCCAGUAACUUCAACUGGCACGACCCCAAGGAGGGCCCCGUGGUCCUCACAGCUCGCGGCCUUCAGCGCUUUCGCAUCUUGUCGGUGCAAAGCGAAGAGGUGGAAGGAGGUGAUCCCCUGUACCUGGCGCAUGUGCAGCUGCUCUCGGACCGGGACCUCUCGCGCAUGUGCGGACUGAGAAAACGGCCCGGAGCAGCUGAUAUGGUUGGACAGGUGUACAUCCAGGAUGGCGGCGGCCUGGGCUCUGCAUCCUAUCAUUUCGAGCCGCAGGGCUCGUACAUCUCCUACGAGAGUGCCUUGAGCACUGCUUUUUCUCCGUUGGACGAUGGGAGCCAGCCCCCUGCAACAAAGGCGUUUGAGAAUACUUCAUUUGACAAGGACACACAGACGUUUAGAGGUACCAUCAACUGGGCACCUCGCUCCUGGCGAGGGGACCAGCGGUGGGAAUAUGAAAUGGUCUUCUCCGCUGAUUACGAGAGCAUUGUGGGCGGCGGGGUGACAGCAGUCCCGGCGGAUCCAGGAGGCACCACUAAGUUUCUCCGCUUUGGCGUGAACUUGCACUACAAUCGGCUCCAGCUGUCCCUAGACACUGCCGAGGCUGUGACGGAUGUCCUCCUCCAAUCCGGUGUCCGGGCCUCCGAGAUGGAAGCCUCCGCCGGGGCAUACUUGGAGCCGGUGCGCGCGCGGAUGAGUCACCGCCGUGCUGUGCGCCGUGCCUUGAAGCGUGCCACUGCUGGACGUCACAUUGACCGGCUCAUGGCGGUGCAGCGAUUGCGCAGGCUGGCGGCGCCACCAAAGCCCGUGGCACAGGCAGAGAAUGCCCUGCACGUGGCGCUGCUGACUGCUGCAGAGCGCGGUGAAGGCGAAGUACAGAUGGCCAUUGAAGAAGCGCUCCGCGUUUGCUGGGAAGACUCAGGCAAUGCAAAGGUCAAUGCAGAGAUGGCCCAAGGCGUGCAGCUGCUGCAGGAUCACAAGAUGGAAGAGGCGGCGGAGGCGUUCACCCGUGUGCUGGACCAAGCGCCCAACUUCGCGGAGGCCUGGCACAAGCGCUCCAUGGCCUUCUAUGCGCAGAAGAAGUUCAGGGAGGCGGUGGAGGACUGCGUCAAGGCCUUGGACAUCCGGCCGCUGCAUUACUGGUGCCUCACUGGCAUGGGCAGCUGCCAUUACGAGCUGGGGGAGACGGACAAGGCCAAGGAGUGCUGGAAGGCGGCCUUGCGGAUUUGCCCCACCAUGCCGGGAGCGCGAAACAAGCUAGACGAAGCUGAAGUAAGAGAGCUCGUGGACGAGCAACUUUGGCCACGUAUGGUCCGUUUGGUAACUGCGUUCUCUGACUCGGAGCCGCAGAUUCAGCCGCUCGGAUCCAGCCACUGGGAUGUUCACCGCAUCAGGAUGGACGAGACAAACUAUCCUGGCGUAUGGGCCUACUUCUUCCGUCUCUCCAUCAGGCGUCCGGAGAGCACCGAGGGGCCAGUAAAGAGCCGAGCGCGCUUCUACCUGCUCAAGGGCACCGACGGCAAAGUCUUUCCCUUCUUGCGCUCGACCAUUGGCGACUCCAGUUUCAGCUUGGAACCGGGGGAGGAGUACAAGUUCUGCUGGUGCCUGGUUGUGGGCCGAGAGAUCCAAAGAGCCAUGGCCGGCCUGCUUUUGGAGGGCUCUGCCGAUGGACAGCCGGAAUACCACAAUGAGGAGCUGCCGAUGCUUUUCCCCACCGGUUCUCCUGAGGAUCUGGCAGUGACACUGUCUAGGGCAUGGCUUUUCAGACCUCCCAGUUGACGGAGCGCAAAGCCUGCAAAGCCACGCAGCUCUUGCUUUGCCCCUGAGAUCGAUCUGGCCGACGCAGCGGUAUUGGGAGAUGGCUACACCUUCACCGGCCACCUGGAUUUGCGGACUCUUGCAGAUUUCUAGCUGCAUUCCUGACAUGCCCGAACAACAUUUUUUCCCGGCUGCGUAGCCAUUGGAACGCGUACUGCUUCAGCAAAGCUGAACGGAGCUCUGGUGAGCGUGACGGUCGCA